AUGGAAAAACUGCUCUGCGGCAUCCUGGUGUUUGGGGUGGCUGUUGUGGUCAACGCUUGUCCGAAAUACUGUGUCUGCCAGAACCUGUCUGAGUCACUGGGGACUCUUUGCCCUUCCAAGGGCCUCCUUUUUGUACCACCAGACAUAGACAGGAGGACUGUUGAACUCCGUCUUGGGGGCAACUUCAUUAUCAACAUCAGUAGACAGGACUUUGCCAACAUGACGGGCCUUGUUGACCUUACAUUAUCUAGGAAUACCAUCAGUUACAUACAGCCCCAUUCUUUUGCUGACCUAGAGAGCCUACGGUCCUUGCAUUUGGAUAGUAACAGACUGCCUGACAUUGGGGAGGAUAUCUUGAGAGGCCUGAUUAAUCUUCAGCACUUGAUUAUAAACAACAACCAGCUGAGCUGCAUUUCAGAUGAAGCCUUUGAAGACUUCUUGUUCACCUUGGAAGACCUGGAUCUUUCUUACAAUAACCUCAGAAGCAUCCCUUGGGAAUCUAUAAGGAAGAUGGUAAACUUGCACCAGAUUAGUUUAGACCAUAAUUUGAUAGAUUAUAUUACAGAGGGUACCUUUGCGGAUCUUCAGAAACUGGCCAGGUUGGAUCUAACCUCCAACAGACUUCAGAAGUUGCCUCCUGAUCCCAUCUUUGCCAGAUCCCAAACAGCUCCAUUAACCUCAACUCCAUUCUCCACACCUUUAUCUCUGAGCUUUGGUGGAAACCCUUUGCAUUGCAACUGUGAACUGAUGUGGCUGCGGCGUCUUGACAGGGAUGAUGAUAUGGAAACUUGUGCUUCUCCCCCAGGACUAAAAGGGAGGUACUUUUGGUAUGUCCGGGAAGAGGAGUUCGUUUGUGAGCCUCCUUUGAUCACACAGCACACUCACAAAUUGUUGGUUUUAGAAGGACAAACAGCUACUUUGAAGUGCAAAGCAAUUGGAGAUCCAUCUCCAGUUAUUCACUGGGUGGCACCAGAUGAUCGACUUAUUGGGAAUUCUUCAAGGACAGCUGUUUAUGACAAUGGCACCUUGGAAAUCCUGAUCACAACAUCCAAGGAUUAUGGGACAUUCACAUGCAUAGCGGCAAAUGCUGCUGGAGAGUCUACAGCAACAAUUGAGCUGUCAAUUGUCCAACUUCCCCAUCUCAGCAAUGGAACAGGCCGGGCGGCUCCACCGAAAUCAAGGCUUUCUGACAUCACCAGCUCCAGCAAGUCAAAUCGAGGGGAAACCAAGGGGCCACCUGAAAGGGCUGUGUUGGUCUCUGAGGUUACAACUACCUCAGCUUUGGUCAAAUGGACAGUAAGCAAGUCAGCCCCAAGAGUUAAAAUGUACCAGCUACAGUAUAACUGCUCUGAUGAUGAGGUUCUAAUUUACAGGAUGAUCCCUGCUACAAACAAGGCUUUUGUGGUGAACAACCUGGUGCCUGGGACAGGCUACGAUCUUUGCGUUCUGGCCAUGUGGGAUGACACCGCCACGACGCUCACCGCUACCAACAUUGUGGGCUGCGCCCAGUUCUACACCAAAGAGGACUACCCCCAGUGCCAGUCCAUGCACAGCCAGUUCCUGGGGGGGACAAUGAUCCUGAUCAUCGGAGGCAUCAUAGUGGCAACUCUGUUGGUGUUCAUCGUCGUACUCAUGGUCCGGUACAAGGUUUGCAACAAUGCCCCGGGGAAGAUGGCUAACGUUAGCAAUGUCUAUUCACAAACUAACGGAUCCCAGCCUGUUCAGAACGGGGUCCUGCCCCAGGUCAACCCCAAAGUGGUGGUAAGGAACGAGCUCAUGGAGUUUAACUGUGAGUCUGCACACAGCAGCAUCUCCUCUUCUUCUAGCUCUGUGAAUAGUCGCGACUGCGAUGGCUACAGCCUCCAAAGUGAGCAGGGCACAUUGUCCAGUAAGUGGAGGCCCCCAUCGAGGUCAAAGCACAACAACAUUGAUCGGCUCAUGGGAGCCUUUGCCUCCCUGGAACUGAAGUGUCAGAAAAAGGAGGACACAAUAGACUCCAGAACUUCAACAGUGGCCCAUCACUCAGACAAGGAGCCACUGCUGGGCCAGCAUGAGUCCAAAUUCCGUAGCCUCCUCAUGUUGCCACUGGAGGGUAAAACUAAGCGUAGCCAUUCUUUUGACAUGGGAGACUUUUCCACCUCUCAGUGUUGCAACUACCCCAAAAAGAUCACAAACAUUUGGACAAAACGCAGUCUGUCAGUGAAUGGCAUGCUUUUGCAGUAUGACGACAGUGAGCUGACAGGGGCGAGGGGAACUUAUGGGAGCUCGGAGUGGGUGAUGGAAAGCACAGUGUAA